UCAUCUUCUCUGCUCUCAUUUUAAUGUGUACUUACGUGGUGUGUAGUUUAAGUUUCAGCAUCAACAGAAUCACAAGUCAAUUCAAUCGAUGAAGUUAUUAAAAUACAAUUUAAAAAAUUCAUUGAUUUAAAAAGCGUUAAAAUAGUUAUUUGAAUACAUUUAAAGGGAAAAGUUGAUUCACAUUUGAAAUUAAUGUACAUUGAAAAGUCUAUAACAAAAAUUUAAAACGUAAUUAUGAAUAAACUGCUGGUCCAUUUCUUGGUGGUGACAGUUCUCAUAUAUAAAGUUAUUUCCGUACCAACACAAACGCAAACAGAGGUUCCUCAAGAUGACGAAGAUGAAGAUUGGGAUGAAGAUGACGACUCGUCUGAGGUUGAUGAUGAUGGACGAGUUUACAAGAAUCCUAGAAAUUCACCAUCCACUGAGUGUCCCAGAGAUGAAGAGCAGGCAACACUUCUUGGGCAAAAAUGUUUAAGAAAAUGCUCUUCGGAUGAGGAUUGUAAAAGUAAAAAGAAAAAGUGCCUAUGUGACGGUGUAUGUGGAAUGUCCUGUAUCAAGCCAGAUAGAGAAUGCCCUGAGUUGGCACAACCUUCACUAGGUCAGGUAUCCGUUGCAGGCAGGCAUUUCGGAGCGCGUGCCACGUAUUCAUGCCCCCAUGGUUAUCAUGUUGUCGGACUACAAAGUCGUCUCUGUCAAGCGGAUGGAAAUUGGGCGGGAGCCGAACCAGCUUGCAAGCAAAAUAUUUACUGUCUCAAGCCACCGCAAAUAGAGCACGCCCGCCAUUCCGCCUUGCCCGAGCAGGAGACCUUCGAUCUCGACUCUACGGUUCAAUAUCAUUGUCACACUGGUUACGUCACAAAUGGAUUUCCUCGCGCUAAAUGUCUUGCUAUUGAUGGCCAGGCCAGCUGGUACGGACCGGAUAUACAAUGCGAACCAAGAUCUUGUGGACAACCACCGGAUCCAGCUUACGGCUGGCACGCUGGCGAGUGCUACACCUUCGGUUGUAAGAUUAGUUACAAUUGUGGCAACAACUAUGAAUUGGUGGGCAAACAUGAGCGCUAUUGCCAGUCAGAUGGAUCCUGGGUGCCAAAGGAACUGCCCACAUGUGUUUUGGUUACAUCCGUUAUAUGUCCAACACCCGAGAAUCCGCGCAACGGCAAAGCUACAUAUACCACCACCGCCUAUAACUCUGUGGUAAGCUACGAAUGCCGUUACGGUUACACCUUGGUAGGAGAAACUAGUAGUAGAUGUGGUGCCGAUCGGAAAUGGAGUGGAACCCUUCCUACAUGCAAAGAAAUUAACUGCGGCAACCCGGGUGUACUUUAUAAUGGCUGGAUUGAAAAUAUCGAAGCUGGUACUGGGCUUGGAGCUAGUAUAAUCUUUCGAUGUCAGCCGGAAAUGUUAAUACAAGGCCAUUCAUCGAGUGUAUGUCAAAUUGAUGGUCGUUGGCGUAACCCCUUGCCCGAAUGUUUGGCACCAUGUGUUGUACCAGCCAUUUCUCAAGGUUACGUUAUACCUGUUGAAAUCAUCACAGAUGAAAAUGGCACCACCAUUAUAACACCAACAACGACGCAAAGUCCAUCAACAUCGAGCAGCGGCGUGGAAAAAGUCAAACAUGGUACUGCUUUGGAGGUGAAGUGCGACGAAAACUAUGAAUUUCCGGUGUCAUUGUUGAGUCCUCCGACGUGUAAUAACGGAACUUGGAGUAUUAUACCUCGCUGUGUGCCUGCCCGUUGUAAGAAUAUGCCGAGGACACCAAAGCAUGGUAUGGUGCUCGCCCCAAAGACGGAACAUGGCAUGAAAGCUAGAUUUAAAUGUAAGGAUGGCUUUAAACUGAUCAGCCCCGAGGGUAAGGAUGUAACCGAUCCAAAUGAAUACGUGCUGACGUGCUCAUUCGGCAAUUGGACUGGUGAAACUCCUCAGUGCCAAGAAGUGUUUUGCUCAUUCCCCGGUUACAUUCCAAAUGGAAAAGUGUUGCUUGUUGGGAAUAUGGGACUCUAUGAUUACAGGCCGUAUGUGAAAAAGAUCGUUAAUAACAAGCAAAUAAUGUACGACUGUGACAAGGGAUAUGUUUUAGAGGUGGGUCCACCGGGUGCUACGUGCGUUGGCGGCAAAUGGCGGCCUUUGGAGCUACCACAAUGCUUACUGGGGCAACAUCCGAGACUGCGAUGGAAUCGUAAAAGACGAUCUAUAGAAUUACGCUAUCUACGAUCUCAAUACUUAUUACGCAACAAAAGAGAUUUGCGACGAAAACUAGAUGAGAUAAUAAACGAAAGCGCACACCAACCAUUAAAAGCGAUUGCUGUGGGAAUUGAUACCAAUAACGCUCCCAGAACUAGAAUUAAACGAAAUCCUUCUGAGAUUGAUCAGGCAUACUCCAAGUAUUAUCAGAAGAUCAAACAAAAAUAUCAAAAUUAUGUAAAGAAUUUAUUGGGCUAUAGUAGAUUGCAAAAUCCGGCGGAUUUUCGUAAUCCCGCCAAAAAGAUACAAGUACAAGAUGGGCGUUGGUACAACACCUAUACUAGUCCCGACUUACUCACGCGGUACAAAGCUACGCACAAGUCGCGAACGUCGAAUAAUGAUUUUUUAAGUCUGGAGAAUGAGGAACACGAAUUACUAGGACAUCAGGUGUCUGCCAAGAUACCACUCCCUAAUAUCAACCAAAAUUCUCGUUAUAACGCACAUAAACCGAACCACAAUGAGAAUGUCUUAUACGGCGGCAAUUCUGCGAGUUAUUUUUUUAACGACUUUCGAAAUUCGCCGCAAACUCAAAACGAAACAGAUUUGAUAGAACAACUCAAAUCACAGAUUGUACGAAGACGACGCAAACGUAGCAAUACCAAUCAGUUGACACCGCCUCCGCUUACACCUGAUGAUGACACAGUUGACCCAAUUGAAUCCAAAGAAGGCAGAAAACGUUUACGUGGUCCCUGUGAGGAUCUGAAUUGGGAACAAUUCGCAAAUGUUACUGUUGUGAGACCCGGUAAAGCACCUGGUCGCAAUAGCGUGGGCAUUAUGCUUCAUUUAGAAUGCAAUGCCGGUUUUAAGCUGAACAUAAAAGGCGAAAAUACGACUGCGCGUUGCAUACGCGGUAUUUGGAAACCUGAUACGCCCAAGUGCCUUUCAGGUAAUGUCCAGGAAACACCAUGUUUGGUGCCGGCAGUGGAGAAUGGAAGGUACUAUAGAGUGGAAGCACAAACGAAAAUGCUUGCCGAUAAACUCUCACUAUCACCAUUAACAACAUAUGAAGAAAUCGAGUCAAACGAAUUUAUAACACUCGAAUGCGAUGAUGGUUUUAAUAUCCAGGUAAGAAAGGGGUCUGCACAACUGCGUUGUGCGCAUGGCAGUUGGUCCGUGAAUGCAUUUUCAGAAUGUGUCUCCAUACCUUGUACGCUACCAGCUCUACCGGGUAUAAUAUAUGAGGGUGGCUAUCGUCCAGGUCUGACAAUAGGGCACGGCAGCACGGUAACUGCGCAUUGUGAUCAUUCAACGAAUGUCAUGCCCAUUGAAAUGAGCUGUAAUAAAGGUAACUUAAGCCCACAAGCUAUACACUGUGAGACGGGUCAACGCAAAUCACGUGAGGAAGUGCCAUCUGAGCUACAUACAAACUCGAAAUCGAAUAAUGUAAUAACAUUAAACCUUGAUAAUUCGGAGUCUGAAGACGUGGCUAAUGCAACGGAAGAAAACGUAACAGAAGAAUCGAAAAUGUGUGGUCCUCCCAGCAUAUCCGAUGGCGCGUUGGUUUACAAAAAUACUGACCUCUCCGAUGUGGAAGGCGUAUACGAAAGCGGCACAGAAAUAUUCUUCAAUUGCAUACCAAGUGCUGCGGGAGAAAGAAACACAUGGAAGAUUAUAUGCGAUAAUGGGCAAUGGAUUGGACGUUCCUACAAUUGCGCGAACGGUACUUGUUUGUUUAAGAAUAAUGAACCCAACGUAGUGAGUUUUUAUAAUGAUCUUGAAAUUCGGGAAGAUGUUGUUGAAUUCCCUCCUGGUGCCACCAUAAUAUCAAGAUGUGUGGACAUAGGAAAGUUCUCAAUGGUCGGCAGUAAUGAGAGGACUUGCAUACAUUCCGAAUGGACGGGCAAUAAGCCAGCAUGCCAUGGAUUGAAUCAGGAAAAUGACUAUGCUAUGGAAAAAGCACCCACUAUACUAUUUAGACAUCAAAAUGGACCGAUUGCGCAGAGUAACGAUGGAAAACUCAUUGUCUACCCGGGUACAACCUUACAUAUGGAAUGUCUUUGGAUGAGGCGAUUUGGCAAUCCGAAAUGGAAUGUUAGCCAUGAAUUCAGAAAUUAUUCCGAAGGUUGGGUCACCGAGGCGGAUGAGGGUCGUGAUGCAACUUUAGAAUAUCGACUAACCAUUUUUAAUGCAAUUGACGAAGAUACUGGAGUUUAUUCCUGUCAAACACCAGCUCGACAUGAACACUCCGUGGAAGUGGUCGUUAAAUCUAUUAAUUGUCCAGAAAUUCCACAACGUCGUGGUCUUAUUGUAAAUACAAAUGACACUAAAUUAAGUACGCGCGUUUUGCUCUCCUGUGCAAAUGGUAAUUCCUUGAUUGGGGCAUCAGAGCUGUUUUGUCUUCCUAGCGGUAAUUGGAGUGCGCCACUUCCAGUAUGCGAGAGUGUUGAAUGUGGCGAUAUUCCGUUACCGAACAAUAUUAGUUCACCGAGAGUGGCGGUGUUGUCGCGUGAGGUUGGUGGAAGAGCGGCAUUUUCAUGUGCUUCAGGUUAUGGUUUACGCGGUCCCGCUGAAGCUAUUUGUUUGCCAACCGGAGAAUGGGCAACGCCCUUUCCAACGUGCGUGGAGGUGCAAUGCGAUAAUCCAGGUGCCCCACUAAAUGGAUAUGCACAAGGAUCCGCUCCAUAUCGUGCUGGAGAUGUUGUGCAAUUUAAUUGUAAUCCAGAGUACAUGAUGCAAGGACAGCCCAUAAUAGCUUGUCAAGACAAUGGACGUUGGUCCGGAGGACUACCUAAAUGUGUGCAAGCCUGUUCAUAUCCUGGCACUGCUAUCAGCGGUCGCAUGUCUUCGGUCAAGUUCUAUUAUGCAAUAGGAGAAAGUAUUACAUUCACCUGCGAUGCCGGCCUUGAAUUGCGUGGUGCAAAGGUGCUUAAGUGUUUGAAAAACGGAAAGUGGUCCAGCGCUAUACCCACAUGCGUCACAGCCGAUCAAGCGAACAAGCAUCUGAAUAUCAUGGGCUAAUGAGAAAGUGUAAUACCAACACUAGAAAAAUAUAUUCUUACAGAAUAAAAAGUUUUUCGAUUCCUUCCGGGCGAAAAUUAAAAACCAAAUGUCGAUUGAAUUGUAAACGCUUAGCGGUUUUAAUAAAAGUAACCAAAAAUAAUCAUUUGAAAAUAAGA